AUGGCUGCCUGGGUGCUUCUCCUGGGCAUUCUGUUCCUUCUGUUCCCACCUGUCCCGGCCCCCUGCCACACCGCCACACAGUCCGAAUGCCAGCAAGUUCACCAUUUAGUGCCUGGUGUGGAGCUGGCUGGAGAAGGUGUGGAUGUGACUACCCUCCGGCGCUCAGGCUACUUCCUAGUUGACAGAGAGCGUCUCUGGAGACCUGAUGACACCUGCACCCUCUGCAGUAGCGCCCAGAAGCCAGACACCCUCUGGCUCCUGCCUGUAGCCUUCACUGACUGGCAUGCGUCAGGCACAGGCUGCCGACGCCAAGUGACGAAGACCAACAUCGUCUCCACAGAGGACAUGGCGAAGGAAGUAGCCAAAAGCAUCACCAACAACUGGAAAGGUGGGCUGAAUGUUACUCCCAAACCAGCCGUCAAUGUGCAGGUGACACUGGCCGGCUCCCAUUCAAAGGAGGCCAACUUUGCAGCAGAGAAGGCUCACCAAGACAAUUACGUCUUCAGCAGGGACCUGGUGGAGUGUCAUUUCUACAGCUUUCGUGUGGUGCAUGAUCCCCCACUGCACCCUGAUUUCAAGCGGGCCAUCAAGGACUUGCCUUCCCACUUCAACACCUCCACGGAGUCCGACUACUUCAGGCUCAUCUCCAACUAUGGCACGCACUUCACCCGGGCUGUCAAUCUGGGGGGUCAGGUUUCAGCCAUCACUGCUCUGCGUACCUGCAAGCUGGCCUUGAAAGGGCUCACUACCGAUGAGGUGAGUCACUGCCUGGAUGUCGAGGCAGCCCUCAGCAUAGGCGGCAAAAGCAGCAACUCUGAAGAAGUCAAAGCCUGUAAGAAAAAAAAGCAUCAGCACAACAUGACAACCAACUUCCACCAGGUCUACAGUGAGCGCUAUUCUGAAGUGAUUGGGGGGCCCCACACCUCUAUGCCUGACCUGCUAUUUGGGGCAAAGGCUGGACCUGAGCAGUUCUCUACCUGGUUGACUUCGCUGCAGGACUACCCUGGCCUGGUGGACUAUAGCUUGGAGCCUCUCCAUGUGCUCAUGAAUAAGAAGGACCCCAAGAGGGAGGCCCUGAGACAGGCUGUGAGUAAAUAUGUGAUGGACAGGGCAAGAUGGAAGGACUGCAAUCGACCCUGUCCCCCAGGACAGUUGAAGAACCCCCAUAACCCAUGUCAGUGUAUGUGCGUGGGCUCAGGGAGCACCAACCAGGACUGCUGUCCCCGUGAGAAGGGCCUGGCCGAGUUGCAGGUGAUGAACUUCCAGGCAACAGAUUUGCGGGGAGACAUUGUCACUUCCACAGACGCCUACCUUAAGGUAUUCUUUGGUGGCAAGAAGCAGAGAACAUAUACCAUUUGGAACAACAACAAUCCCACUUGGACAGCACGGCUGGACUUUGGGGACGUGCAGCUCUCCACAAAAGAGCACCUGGAGGUGCAGGUUUGGGAUGAGGAUUUUGGCUGGAAUGAUGAUCUCCUUGGUACCUGCAAUGAGACUGUCCACUCAGGCACACAUCAAGUAAACUGCAAGCUAUCUCAUGGUCAACUGAGAUUCCAAUAUCAGGCCAACUGCUUGCCGCACCUGACAGGGAAUACCUGCCAGGAGUAUGCCCCACAGGGUUAUCUGGGAGAGGCCCCAGGAAAUCGAAGUGGGGCAGUGUGGUGA